UUUUUCUUUUCAAUGUCAGGAGAGGCCUUUUCCUCGAACCUGCACUUGUCACUGUUCAAGACCAGUGAUUGCUCCGGAAAUUUCCUGCAUCGUAAGAAGAAACUGGAUAGAAGUUUAACUUGCUUGAAUACCUUAGCUGCCUCCCUAUAAAGGCGCCCUGAUUACAAUACUAUUGGCAUCGAUCAGGCAGCGAAAUGCCUGAGCAUUUCCUUGCUCAACAAAUUGCUUUUUCCCAUUGUCUUUUAGUAUCCGUCCUAGGGUUUCACUUGGUACAAAAUAGUCACAAGUAGGUAGGAGAUCGAGGAAGAGAAGAAGACAUUCAAAUAAGCGCUGAAGAGGUUCGUGUGAUUAAUGUACAGUCGGGGCAAGAUGUAUGCAUCCCCGUCCAUAACAUUGAUAAUUUCAGGUAUUAUUAUGUCAGUCAAUUGCAGCAUCAUCACAUCUGUUCGAAGCAACCUUGAAAACAGAGAUGAAGGCGUUCGUCAAGCUGGACUGAUACCGGCCACCUUAUCUCUCAUGACCAUGCUGUUUAUAAUUGCGGGUCAAGUGGUCAUGCCCAAAUUCAAUUGUAGGAGAGUGAAAAUGCUGGUAACCCUCGCUAUCAUCUUCACUGCGUGCAGUUACACAGCUUUUGAUGCCAUGGAAUUGGGUCCAAUCUCUCAAGUGCUUAGCUAUUUGUAUUGAAUCAGAUUGUGUAAAAUUAGAAAAAGUUGUGGUUCGAUUAGUGAUCCUGAUAGGAAUAAAUAGAAGCCAGUGAUCCCUUCAUUUGGUUUAUAUUUAUUUCCCAUGAUUGAUGUAAAAGAGUAUAUGGAAUUCCAGAUAGAGUAUGUUAAAGUGUAUCAGUAUGAUCUUCUUGGGCUCGAUAGCAAAGAGAUCAGUCAACAGACCUUAAAGUUAGCAAUCAAAAUUUUCAUAAAAUGGAUGUUAGCAGUGGGAACCCUUGUCCUCCAAUGGGUUUUGGUAGCAGUUACAUGUAAAUGGAAAGGAACAUUAUCAUAUAUUGGUGAAAUUGGUAUUUUGUAUAUUGUCUGGGAGGUGACUGAUGAAGUCACGCUUUGCUAUUUUAACAUUGUGUAUUGGUUGGCCUUUGGACUUUAACCAGUUCUUCA